CAGCCUGCCCCGGCUGCGACCAGAGCCUGCCACCCAUCACCCAUCCAAGGCUCACUCCCUCACCCCUGGGCCCUCCUGCUCCCAGGCCGGGGGUCCGAGAUGGCCUGCCGCUCCUGUGUCGUUGGCUUCAGCAGCCUCAGCGGCUGUGAGGUGACCCCGGCGGGCAGCCCCCGGCCUGGAGCCUCAGGAUGGAGCAGCUGCGGGGCCCCCAGGCCAAGCUUCAGUUCCCAAAGCCUCACAGGCUGCUGGUCGGCUGGCACUAUCCCCAAGGUGACCGUGGACUCCAGCCUGCUGGUGCCCCUGGACCUCAAGGUGGACCCGGCUGUCCAGCAGCAAAAGAACCAGGAAAAGGAGGAGAUGAAGGUCCUCAAUGAUAAAUUUGCCUCCCUGAUUGGCAAGGUGCAAGCCCUGGAGCAGCGCAACCAGCUGCUGGAGACCCGCUGGAGCUUUCUGCAGGGCCAAGACACAGCCACCUUCGACCUCGGGCACCUCUACGAGGAGUACCAGGGCCGGCUGCAGGAGGAACUGCGCAAGGUGACCCAGGAGCGGGGGCAGCUGGAGGCCAACCUGCUGCAGGUGCUGGAGAAGGUCGAGGAGUUUCGAAUCAGGUAUGAAGAUGAGAUCUCCAAGCGCACAGACAUGGAGUUUACCUUCGUCCAGCUGAAGAAGGACCUGGAUGCAGAGUGCCUUCGUCGGACCGAACUGGAAACCAAGUUAAAAGGCCUGCACAGCUUCGUGGAGCUCAUGAAAACCAUCUACGAGCAGGAGCUGAAGGACCUGGCAGCCCAAGUGAAGGACGUGUCAGUGACAGUUGGCAUGGACAGCCGCUGCCACGUUGACCUGAGCGGCAUCGUGGAGGAGGUGAAGGCUCAGUAUGACGCCAUCGCGGCCCGCAGCCUAGAAGAGGCCGAGGCGUACUCGCGGAGCCAGCUGGAGGAUCAGGCCGCCCGCUCGGCGGAGCUGGGGAGCAGCCUGCAGAGCAGCCGCAGCGAGAUCACCGACCUCAACGUGCGCAUCCAGAAGCUCCGGUCCCAGAUCCUCUCCAUCAAGAGCCACUGCCUGAAACUGGAGGAGAGCAUCAGGGCAGCAGAGGAGCAGGGGGAGCUGGCCUUCCAGGACGCCAAGGCCAAGCUGGCCCAGCUGGAGGCCACCCUGCAGCAGGCCAAGCAGGACAUGGCGCAGCAGCUGCGCGAGUACCAGAAUCUCCUCAAUACCAAGCUGGCCCUGGACAUCGAGAUCGCCACCUACAGCAAGCUGGUGGAGGGCGAGGAGAGCCGGAUGGACCUGCCCUCGGCCACCGUGGUCAGCGCCGUGCAGUCCCGGUCCAGAACCGCCCCUUCCCUCCCCCUCCCCUCAUGUCCCCUGUAGCUGCCUCCAGGUCAGGCCUCUCCAAGACCCCCUCCCGGAAGAAGAAGAACACCAAAGGUCCCGUGAUCAAAAUCACCGAAAUGUCGGAGAAGUACUUCUCUCAGGAGUCGGAGGUCUCAGAGUAAGGCAGCUGGACCCACGGAACCCCAAGGCACUCCCACUGCAGCAGGAGGGACUUAAGCUAGACUCAAGAAACCAGCCUGGAGCCUCUAGGUUGGGAGGGGAGGCAAACCUGAUACUGAACUGAGAGGUGGAGGAGCGCAAACCGAGACUGCUGUCUGGCAGGCUGCGGGGUAGAAGAGGAGCCCCGCCAGCUGUUUGGAGCCCUCCACUCCCGUCAGUGUCUCUCAGCCUUAUCCUUCCAACCUUCUAGCCAGCCGUGGUCCUGACUGGCUAAACUGGAAUGGGGGUGGCUUUUGUCUGCACCUCCCCGUUCCUCGGAGGCUCUUCCUCCAACGUGGGCUCUGACCGAGGCCCCUUUGAGUCUUUUGCCCAACGCUUGCCCUAAACUCCUAUCUCAAGCCUUGCCUUGCCUCUGCCUUGGAGCUGAGGCUGGUGCCCUGGCUCGCCCAGCCAGCAUGGGCCCCGUCCUGUAUCUGGAGUUCCUGAGGAGGCUGGGUGCUGAGAUCCCCUGGCUUCCCUGCACCGCCUGGGCUCUGCAGAGAACUCACAGUAUUAUGGAGUGUGGGGACUGAAGGGAGCAAGGUCCCUGUGUGUUUGGGACCUGAGCCUGGAUCUCUGAGGUCGGCCCGAACACCUGCGCCCAUCUCUCCUCCCCCGGUCCCUCCCAGUGCACCAUGGUUAGAAUCGGGCAGGCCACCCCAGCCAGCUCCCAGCUCUUCUCCAGCAAUUCUUGCCACAGUCCACUCUCUGGGAGUGGAGGCCAGGCACCCUGAGACCAGGCAGGAGAAUUAGACCACCCCUUCACCUCCCUGCCACUCUGGGAUCACCCCCAGCCUGGGAUCUGAGCCCUCCGCCCCAAGCCCAGGUGCUUCCCAGCCUGAACACCUGGCUUUGAUGCACCCAAUCCUGGAGACCUCCAGCCCUGCCCCUGCUGUGAAACCCCGGGGCCACCUCCCACAAAUCCCUCUUCUCAGGGGCCUCUCAGGGCCCCACUUCUCCUCUCCGUGGGACCAGACAGCCUGGCCCUCCCUGCCUUCGCAUGCACUGAGGAACCCCAGAGACUCCCCCGACCUGCAGGGUCAAAGCUCCUUCUCUUCUCCCCCUCCGGCCCCAUCCACCCUCCAAGCCCACGCUCCCUGCCUCCGACAGGCCAUGAAGAAGGCAUAGUCCAGGCAAGUCUGGGAGUUUCUGAGCCCUGGAGGUCGGGCUAUGGAGCCCCGAUGACAGCCUUAACAGGGCUCAACCAAAGAGAAAGUAUCUGGGGUUGGUAGGAGUGCUAUGUCUUCCUUUUGGCUCCCCACUUUGGAGCUUGGGGGGAUCCCAGCAGCUCCAGCCUUCCACCCCAUAAGCUACCUUCCUUCCUUCCCUCCCUCCCUCCCUCCUUCCCCACCCCCCACCUCCUCUUGGGGUCUGCUUGUGAUUCAUUCAUCUCCUUUUCCAGGGCUGGGGGGGCCCAGGUCUUGGCCACUCCUGGGCCUCGGGCCCCAGGCCUGUAGGGGGCGCUGAUGGGCCGCUGGCUCGCAGGCUAGGGGACUGCAGACAUGCACUCAUCCCUGAAGUCCCCAGUGAGGGUGCCGAUUGCUGCUUUCUCUCAGGCUCUUUUUUGGUUUCCAAGGGAGCAAAUCCUCAGCAGAGAUACAAGUUAUAUGCAGUAUAUAUUAUUUUUUUCAUAACUUAUGUAGCUUUUAACUUAUUGCUUCCCUUCCUGUUCCUGCAUAGUCAGUGCUGUAUGUACUAUCAUCUGACAGACGACACAUGUUCCAGCCACCCCGGUUGACCGGCUGGCUGUCUCAGGGCAAUGCCCCCUGCUCCCUGCCCAGGGAUGAAUAAAGUGUCGAGAUUUGUCCAUGGAUAAAGCCAUGCGUCUGUUUUUAUCUCCCUCUCAGGGUGGGUCAGCCACCAGUCAAUCGGGUUGACCAUGGGACAUUAGGAAUCCUCCAAUUAUAGGGAAAGGAGUCCAGGGCCCUCGUUAUACCUUCAGACCAAUGCAGCUUGGACACGCAAAGGUCCCCUGCCCACCACCCCACCAGGAGACCGCACCAACACUGACCCACGUCCCCGCACGACCCGCCCUGGCCGGGCGCCACGUGGGCCGGGCACCAGCACAUACACAGGGGACUCCCCAGGUGGUGGCAGGGCUUCCUCCUAAGUACUGCUGCCCUACUUGGAGCUGGCACAACCCAGAAUAUAUUCCAAAGGGUACAGGCCUAGUCCUGCCAAAUCAAACUCCAGAUCAACAAAUAGGGAUGGAGGAUCUUUUCCAAGCCCGUGCUGGAACACCGAGGCGGCUGUCCGCCCCUCCACCGCAAGAAGCUCCAGUGGGGUUGGGAGAUAAGAGAGCGACUGAAGAUAUCCACCCUGGGUUUCCCUGCCACGUGCAGGAGUGGGUGCUAUUGACUGGAGGUCAGCACAGAGAAGGGCAUGCGGAGGGAACCGGAGUGAGGCUGGGCUGCUUGGAGGAAGAGGGGCUGUAAGUGUGCACGGGGCUUACUUGGGAGGCAGACUGCAGGGAGAGCAGGUGUCUCAAGGAAAGGAAGUUGCGGGAGGAGAAAGAAGUUUGAAGCAUUUGUGUCCUGGCCCACCCACUCACCAAUGGUGAGACCUCAAGUAAAUGGAGCCUCAGUUUCCUCAUCUGUAAAAUGGAGCAUAGCCCUUCGCCGCUUCCCUCACAGGGUGUUUGGGGAUCCGAUGAGAUAGCUGUGUUCGUUCCUGUGGGGAAUCUCUUGCUUCCAGCGCUCCGAACUGCAAUAGCUCAACAAAUGUGAAGGAUUAUUGGUAGCAAUGUCAUUGUUGCUACAUACGUUAAGGAUUAAAGACAAGCAACCAGUAGGGUGACUCAAACACAAGCAGACAGACCUCGUGCUGGCUCGCUCAGCGCAGCACAGCCAGGCCCAGGGCUGAAGUUCAAAGACUCGGGUUUACUCAUUCUUCUACUGACCCUGAGGAAUAGGCUCUGCUCUCAAAACUCGGGAAAGACUGACAGGUAGACUGCAUACCCACCCGAGAGAGGCCUAGAGCGGAAACCUGUGCUCUCGCUGUGCCUU